AUCACAAGCGUGUUGAAUGCUGAAUCGAUCGUGUGCACAUUGAUUGUCACGUCAUAAUCACAUGCAAUUCCGUCAUGACACAUGAACAGCACCCUACAAGCGAAAGUCCCUUCAGCUCCUCAGCCUCGUCGGUAGUCCGUCGCACACCCAUCACUUCACUUCUCUAUUGGUCUCCCCAGCCCCUCCUUUAUCACAUCCCGAUUCACCACCUCGGGCGGCACACGGAUCUCGGCCGCAUCCAUUUUAUCCCAAAUGGUCUUGGCCAUCGAAGGCCCAAACUGAUCUAGAGGGCUCUCCCAUGGAAAGAUAGUCCUCCGAUACCGAAGCACGGGCACCUUCUCCAAACCCAAUGCAAUGCGGAUGGACUCUAACGAUCAAUGCGUGACACGUCAGAUGCAUGCAAAACUGCAGUCUGUUUCGUUCCCUCACCCAAUCGCCUUCGAUUGACGCCAAAGUCGGGCAGAGAGUCCCUCCGUGCAGCUCUGAACUGCACCGUGUUGUCACCAGGUGUGAGGUAGAACUCCUGACACACACAUGUGAACACACAGAUGUGGCAUGUGUCAGGACCUCCCAUCAUGACCGGACCACGUCAUCGACUGUCUUGAGCGUCUCGUCGGCAAUUUCCACCCUCAGAUACCUUUCCGAGCUGACCACCUGCUUGACCUGCACCUUCGGGAGCAAUGCCAGGGCGGCCUUCAGUCGCCGCAUCAACAUGUCAGGCUCGAUCUCCUCGUACAUCCACGGCUCCUGAUUGAUGUACACACAAACACACACACCCUUGAGCCAUGAAUGAAUGCAUCUCAUCCCAUUCCCGCUGCCCAUGGUCACCUGAAAGAACGCAGGUCGGUCAUCUUGCGAUGAAACGCAGCUGCUGCUGCCAUCUGGGCAGUAGGACAGCAGGUCCUGAUCAACACCAAGGCACUCACUAGAGCCGCCGAGCAGCUGUCUUUGCAGCGAAGUGCACUGCGCUGGGGCGUCGGAUCUUGCAAGAGAAAGAGACGGCAGCAGGAACAACGCAAGACUUGCUGCCACAAGGGGUGCGAAAACACGGCGCGGGGCGUUGGGCGUUGGAUCUUCUCGUGACGCUCGUCUGACUAAGCUGCUGGCACUGGUGCGGGGCUGCAUCAGCAGAGAUCUUUCACUUAGAUGCUCCUGACCACUGUGGCGAUGAGUUCUGAUGCCUCCUCCCACUCGGUGCUGCUGAAAGGCUGAGGUGGACGAGGCCGCAAAGGCGAUGAUGAAGGCAUACACAUGGAGCGUCAUCGACGCUGUUGAAGCCAAAUAGGUUGAAGCGCACUUUCGAACGCGUUUU